AUGCAAUACAUUUGCUUCUAUGACUUUUACAAAAAGACAUUACCUUUUUACCGUUAUUCUUUCCUACAGUUGAGAUGUCUUAGAACGAGGCCUGUGCGCAACGGCAACGCCGAGCGGGAACUGCAGUGACAGGGCGAUACCCAGAACACUUAGCCUCCCUAAACGGUCAUAUAUCACUGCGACUAUUCUUUUGACGUCUCUGAGAUGUCGGCAAUAGGCACCGGUGCCUUGGCCACCGUCCUAAAGGUCACAGACCGAUACGCUGUGAAACUAGUCGACGACGUGAAUGCCGCUGACCAUGAAAUCGGUAUAUUGGAGGAGAUAGGUGAAUGCCCUUGCGUUGUGGGCUACUUUGGCCGGUUGGCAGGCCAGAGUGCAUCAGGUCAGCGGUCAGCACUUUUGCUGGAAUUGUGUCAAGGGAGCCUAAAUAAUGCUCUUCUGAAGCUUCCCGGCCAGCGGCUACCCGACGCAACGGGCCUCGAAACUCAGCAGGCGGUGGUUAUGUUGAUCAAUUGCGUCGCCCAACUACACAGCCGUGGUGUGAUUCACCAGGACAUCAAGCCCAGCAACUUCUUGCUUGGGCAGGAUGGUGCUAUCAAGUUGUGCGACUUCAAUCUGUCGCGUCUCGCAUCGGACUCGUCCCGCAUCAAGGGCGGCACCGUAUUAUACUUCUCACCACACAUGUUCAACAACAUGGAUGAGGGAUACGCCGCUGACUGGUGGGCGCUGGGUGUGACACUCUACCAGGCGCUCCAUGGGCUUCACACCUGGCCCUUCAGCUCCCGCUCGCUGCUCAAGCUGGACCAGGCGCCGGCGCAGCAGCAGCUGGUGCUGGUGAGGAAGGCCGUUAUGAACGGCAACCUGCGCUUCAGGUCGCUUUCGGGGCUGCCCCGUGGUGCGAGAGCCCUCAUCCGGGGCCUGCUGCACACGCAACCCGAGAAGAGGUGGGGUCUGCUGCACGUGCUUGCGGGGGACUACCCGGGGGACGCGGCCUUUGCUGCGGUGGCUGCACGGCACCCGCAGCUGGCGCCCGACAUGGAGCGACUGCUGUCCCUGCGGCGGCUGUGCCGGCUGUCGCCCGCCAAGCAGCUGCAGGCGGCGCAGUGCGAGUCAGCGGCCGCCAGCGCUCCCCGCUGCGAGGAUGACGGUGACAAGGCGGGACGCGGUGACGAUGAUGCAACCCGAACAAGUCCCGCUGUCAGCCGCCGCUUCCUUCGGGGCCUGAGCAGCUACCUGCUGCAGCGCAUCAUCAGCCGCCGCCGCGCCUGCUCCGCCGCCUCCUUCAACCGGGACGCAGACGACCUCUCACAGGGCGACGACCAGCGUAGCGAGUCCCGGCCAGCCGCCGCCGCCGCCGGCCCGCACUGCUCCUCCGCAGCAGCCACCACCGCCCCCUCCUCUGCCCCCUCCACCACCGCUAGCCCCACCGUUGCCACCACGAUCCUCUCCACCCAGGAACUUGAAGGAUCACCGGUGCGGUGCGGCGCCACCUGUAAUAACAACACAAGCAGCACAACCUACCACCGUGCCGUCGGAGCAGGCGGCGGCAGCUCUCAUCACCACCACCAUGUCGUACGGCACCGGGGUGCUGGCAGCGCCGCCGCCGCCAAGGCAGUGGCCAUGACCAAGUCGCUGUUGCCCCGGUCGGAAGGCGCCAUCCGCACUGCCGUGGCGCAGGCCGCAGCUGCCGCUCCCCGGGCCCUGCUGACAGAGGACGGGCGGCUGGCGGCUGCGGGUCCGCAUGUGUCGUGUGAGGUGCGAACGGACGAGGUGGAGCUGCCGGCGGAGUUGAGAGAGGUGCUGGGGUUGCAUGGGGAGGGGCGCAGCUGGGCGGGCGCGGCGGGGAGUGAGGCGGAUGUGGGUCCUCGCGGCAGGCGGGAACGGAGCUGCGGCGGGCAGGUGCAGGAUGUGGAGGUGCUCGAGGAGAUGCGGCAGCUGCUGGCUCGCCGCGUGACGGCGGCGGCUGGGGCGUCCGGUCGCAGCGGCGCGGGCAGGACAGCGGGCGGCGACACGGGCAUGGGCGCUAGCAGCACUAGCGACCACCCUGCCUCGCCCUCGCGCUCCGGCAUGACGCCGUGUUCGACUGCGGGUGGCGCGUCCACGAAUACCGGGCUGGCCUCGAUGGCUGUGGCUAGCCUGACGCCGGGAGUGGCGCUGGAUAGCAGCUGCCGUAGCAGCAGCAACACAGCCACCAGCAGCAGCCGUCCAAGCAGCCUCAGUGGCAACUGCCAUGAUUGCAGUACGACGAGUAGGGCGGCGCAUUUGGGCGGUGGAUUGCAAGCAGCCUUUGAGGCGGCGGCGGCCUUGGAGGUUUGUGGUGCGGGCACGAAUACAGGCUGCGUGGCCGUGACGCAGUAUGACGAGUAUACAGCAGCAGCAAGCAAAUGUGCCGGAUCUAGCUUUCAUGCCGGGCAUGCGGUUGCGCAGCAGUGCGCAGCCAUCUCGGUCGAUGGGGACUGCGAGGCUGUUAGUCUGGGUCACCGGUUCCGGCCUCGAGCCGGGCGGACCUACAGCACCGGACAUGGCCUCGUGCGAGCCAGCAUGGGGGCGUGCGGCAGUCCCCGGCUGGCAGCACCAGCGGAGGAGCUGCUGCCGCUGCCGGAGCUAGCGGCGAAGGCGCACCAGGCUGGGGGCGCGCUGGCAGUCGUGCGUAUCAGCCGGGGUGGCGGCUCCAGGGGCGUCUCAGCGGCGGGCUGCCCGGAGAACCCGGCUGCGGGGCACUCGCCUUGUCAGCCGGCAUGGCCGAAUGUGUACAUCAACACGCAUGCGGUGAACCCUAGCAGCUGCGGUGCGGGUCGGACUGCUGGGCGGAAUGGCAGCUGCGGCGGGGUGUUUAACAGCUGUGGGAUGGACAGCCUCUUCAGCCUCCGUGGUAGCAUUCUUAUGGAGGAGCUGGCGGCGCCGGCGGCCCCCGCGACGGACGUGUCCAACGACUCGGCUGAGAGCAGUUGUUUCGUGUUGGCGGCGGAGUCGAUGACGCAAGCGGUGGCUGACGUGUCGCCGCUGCCGCGGGGUCGUGGCGGGUUCGGUCGGCACUCUCGACCCGUGGACCUGCGCGCUGUUGCGGCGGGGUUGGAGGCGGCGGUUGCUUCGGGGCUGGAGUUUAUGGAGGCAGCGGAGGAGGAGCGGGCAACAUGGGGAUCCAUGCAUUGUGAAAGAGAGAUUGAGGAGGAGGCGGCUGUUGUUGCUGGAGCUGAUGGCUGCUCGAUCAUGCGGCAAGAAGCAGCGACCGCAGUUGCUGCAGCUGCGGACUCGGAAGCGCGUGUCAGUGAACGCAAUUCGCUGGCGGCUAAGCAACAAUGCGGACGUCGCGUUUGCGGUUCUGUGGCGGGUGAGGAGGAGUUGCUGGAACCGGGGUUCAUGUUGCAUGGGGUA